CAGUGCCCUGCGCUGCAACCUAAGAACUCUAACCCGACGCGAGUCUUCUCGCCUUGCAGGUCAUUCCAGAAAGAUGAGAAUAUUUAGUGCCUUUACAUUCAUAGCCUACUGUCAUUUGCUGAAUGCAUUUACUGUCCAAGUCACCAAGGACAUGUAUGUGGUAGAGCAUGGCAGCAAUGUGACCAUGGAGUGUAUAUUCCCAGUGGAAAAGCAAUUAAACAUGUUGUCACUAUUUGUCUCCUGGGAAAAGGGAGAAAAGAAAAUUAUUGAACUUGUGAAUGGGAAAGAAGAUCUGACUGUUCAACACAGUAGCUACAGGCAGAGGGCCUGGCUAUUGAAGGACCAGCUCUUCUUGGGAAAGGCUACACUUCAAAUCACAGAUGUGAAAUUGCAGGAUGCAGGAACUUAUUGCUGUUUGAUCAGCUAUGGAGGUGCCGACUACAAACGGAUUAUUUUGACAGUCUAUGCUCCAUAUCACAUUAUCAACCAAAGAAUUUCUGUGGAUCCAGUCACUUCUGAACAUGAACUAACAUGCCAAGCUGAGGGGUAUCCUAAGGCUGAAGUCAUCUGGACAAACAGUGAUCACCAAGUUCUGAGUGGCAAAACUGUCAUUACCAAUUCUGAGAGGGAGGAGAAUCUUCUCAAUGUGACCAGCAUUUUGAGAGUCAACACAACAGUUAAUGAGAUUUUCUACUGCACCUUUCAAAGAACAGACCAGAAGGAAAACAGUACAGCUGAGUUGGUCAUCCCAGAACCCCCUAAGACUUUGAAAAAUGAGAGGCUUCGAUUGCCAAUUCUGGGAUCUGUGCUUUUGUUCCUGGUAGCCAUGAGUAUCAUCAUCUGUCUUAAAAAAAACGGGUGCCCAACCAUCCUGAUUUUCCCAGGACAUGAGACUCAGUCUUUAAAUGAGGACAGUCCUGGACAAAACAGCAGAAAGUGUUUGGUUGAAGAAAGAAUUACAGAUAACCUUGAAGAAAGAACUACAGAUAACCAUGAUAAUAAUAAAGAAUUGAACCAAACAAUAAUGGUAACGAAUGCUUUGGAGAAGAGAAUUAGAAAUGCUGGAGAUGUGGCCCUAUUGCAGUUUUUCACAGGGCAGUCUCAUGAGAAGAGCAAAGAAAGUAUCCAGGUAGAAGAAAUGCACACUGGCAAAGGGUCUGCUGUUGGGAAGAUGGCUCUGGAGGAGAAGUGA